GUAAGAUGGUGGACACCUCUGAAACGUCAUCGCAGGCUUUUCCCGUUGUGCUGCGGUUUGAUGAAUUUUUGACCACCUCGCUGUCCCCUAUUUAAUAUUUCCAUACGUAUAUGCUGUCUAGCUAAUAAGUUGCCUCUUCGUAUGUUGCUUAGUAGUUUUCGCUCGACAGCGUCGUGGCAGGCUUGCUUGAUUCUCGUCUACUGACUUAAAAGAAAGCUCCUCCUGAAGAAUGGGCAACUUCGUUGUGCGUUUGGAUGUUAAGGAGAAGGAGCGCGAUCACCUACCGAAUGUGGAGGCCAAGCAAACGCUGGCAUCGGAAGUUUCCGAUGCCUCAACGGGUGAAAAUCGCAAAGCCGCUUGCGAUGAGAUGAAAGAUGUUGGUGGCGUGGAAGCUACCACCACGACCACACCGGAGCCUGAAGAGCGCAAAGCCGUGAGCGUGCCGAAUAAGGUGCGCGCUUUUUUUUCCAUGAUCUUCAAUGGCGUCCUUUCGUGUGGAUUUAUUUCUUCGUCAGGUCAUCUCUUACACAUAACGCCUGCAGAUCAUUUUGUUCCUCGAUCGUCUACCCGUCUAUCACCCGUUGCUAUGCCAUGAUGCGCUUCGUCCUCCUCGCCCUUUCUCAUCUUCCGCUCGUCAGCAGGUGUCGCGGAUGAUGGCGAGUCUAGUGCAGUCCGAGCCUCGAUCUCUGCGUCGACAGCUUCACCAGCUUGGGGUUGCGGUCCCUGAUAGUGAAAAAUCCAGAAGCAGACUGGCUGUCAUGAUAUGUUAAGGUCGGCCCUUAGGGUCCUUCGUCUUCGUUCUAAUCAGACACACUCAUCAUCAAACCCAAUUCGUCGACCUGCCUUGUAGCGUGUAGUAGAAGUAGAAUGAGUCUGGGCAUGGUAUGACGAUUCGAGUAGGGUUUGAUGAUGGUGUGUCUGUUAUUAACUCUAAUAUGGCGUGAGGCAGCAUGGUGACGAUCGGGACCUUGUCCGAGGAGCAUGCGUCGAGGAAUUGCAGAGGCUCACUUCGGAGAUUGCGGGUGAUGGGGCUGAUCUGUUGGCCCUGGGGCAAGAAAUUGGAGCUGUCGCUAGCUGGAUAGUUCACCUCGCGUGAGAUGGACUGUGGAUGUUGGGGUGGAGGAGGUGUAACUGAUGUGUUGCUCUGGGCAGACAUCCUCUGACGUUGACUAAAAGCAUUGAUGAACUAGCAUUGACAUGCCCCUGUCUCUGUUGUUACAGAUCAGAUGAUCGCGCAACCCAUGGCCCCCAGAUAUGAUGCCAUCCGCCCAUGACCCCCGGACUACAUGACGGCAGUGCUCCUGUAUGUAAAUGCUUACUCGUGCUUAGAAUUAACUACUCAAGUUCAACACAGCUGUUCUGUUAUCUACCAUGAUGAAGAAGCAGAUGAAGGAACGUGCCCAC